AUGGCUUUCACUUCCUCAGGGACAGGCUCACCGGUACCGUCAUCUCUGUCGGCAAACCCUGAAGGCCAGACCAACGCGUCUAGCGGUACUCAGACCGACACCACAGACACUCAAGGCCAGACCAGCGUGCCUACCCAGACCGACACCGAGACCACAGAUAUCGAGCCCGUCAAUUCCCGCUACAUCAGGUCAUCAGCUCCAUCGCCUUCCCCAACUUUAUCAAGCCUGCCUCCCCCUUCAUUUCCAACCCCCAACUCCACAACCACCCGCCCUAUCAUACAUCCAGGCUUGGAGUUCACCCCAUCCAUUUACUCCCCUCGCCCCUCGCUGCUGACCAGCUCGCCAAGCUCAGCAGAUGCAACGCGCAGUAACUCCCCCAUGGGUGUCGGCCCGACGAGACCAGCGUCGCCAGCGAGAUUGGUAGCGGAAUGUGAACCCAUGCCUUUGGUUUGGGAGAUGCCCAGUUCGCCUGUUUUGGCGCAUGCGGUACCUGUCCCAGUCCCAGCAAGUACGAGGGUGCCUAUCCCCAACACCAACACCAACCCCGACCCCGACCCCGAGCAAGACGCAGAUCGAAGUUCCGAGACCACAACGACAACGACAACGACAACGGCACCCAUAGCCAUGACGACUACACCAACACCAACACCUACAGCCACAACCACUCCUUCUGCUGCCACCACCGAACAACCAGGCCCAGCCCAAGCCGCUCCGAGUUGGGUGUCAUUCCCCCUCCCCCCACUCCCACCACAAACACAAAUAGACACCCACAUCUACAUUCCCAACCAUAACACCACUCCCAACCAAAUCCCCAACCCCAACCCGAUCCCCUCAAACACCAAUAUCCGUUCCCUGCCCAACUACGGCCCCUUUCCCCCCUACGGCCACGGGCUUUUCUUCCCUGAUAGUGACUUACACAGUUACACUGUGACAGAGGGUGAUGGGUAUUGGCCGGCUUGGGGACAUGCAACUGGGCUUGGGCUUGGUGCAGAUGAGGAGGGGGUGGUUAGUGUGAGAGUGGGGAGGUGGGUUUAUCGCUAUCUUUCGAGGCCGUUGGCGGUCGGUUUGGAUCCGGCUGUGAGAAGUAGGGAGGGCGGUGAAGGGAGGAACGGUGAGAGUCGGAGGGAGGCUGAGGAUAGUGGUGGUGGUGGUGGUGGUACUGGUACUGGUACUGGUACUGGUACUGAGACGGAGGGGGUGGAUGGGGAAGGGGUUCAAGGAAUUGGAGAAGUCGAAGGAGUUGAGAGGGAGACCUCGCAUCGUCUUUUGGGGCGUCAUGGUCGCGGCUGGAUCUGGGGAAGGUCUUCACAUGAAAGGUCUUGA